AUGUGGAACCUGCUGCGUACUGACUGCCUUUUGGCACAAAUUGUUACAUCUAUCUAUCUAUCUAUCUAUCUAUCUAUCUAUCUAUCUAUCUAUCUAUCUAUCUAUCACGGAGAAAUUGAAAAAAAAAUGGUAACCAAAUCUAUCUAUCUAUCUAUCUAUCUAUCUAUCUAUCUAUCUAUCUAUCUAUCUAUCUAUCUAUCUAUCAUUAUCUAUCUAUCUAUCUAUCCCAGAUUAUCUAUCUCAUCUAUCUAUCUAUCUAUCUAUCUAUCCCAGUCUGAUUAUCUAUCUAUCUAUCUAUCUAUCUAUCUAUCUAUCUAUCUCAGUUUAUCUACCAAUCUAUCCCAGUUUGACUAUCUAUCUAUCUAUCUAUCUAUCUAUCUAUCUAUCUCAGUUUAUCUACCUAUCUAUCCCAGUUUGAUUAUCUAUCUAUCUACCAUAUUCUUUACCUAUCUUUCUCCUGUCGUUAAUAUCGUACACAUUCGUCUUUCUUUGUCUCUCAUACAGAUUUCGAUUCUCUUUUCAUAUUUUCCCGGCAUUCAUCCGCUGGUUAAAAAAAAAAAAAAGGCAGCUGGAGAUUUCAACUCACUAAUUAGAUAUCAGUUUCUUUUCCUCAAGUAUCUAUAUGUACGUACCCUCGUCUGUGCUCUUUUUUACCAGCCUCAGCCAAAUCUAUCUAUCUAUCUAUCUAUCUAUCUAUAUCAACAUUAUCUAUCUAUCUAUCUAUCUAUCUAUCUAUCUAUCUAUCUAUCUAUCUCAAUGUCAACAUUAUCUAUCUAUCUAUCUAUCUAUCUAUCUAUCUAUCUAUCUAUCUAUCUCAAUUUGAACAUUAUCUAUCUAUCUAUCUAUCUAUCUAUCUAUCUUAUAUAUCUAUCUUACUAA